AUGAAGUCCUAUAUCUUGCUAUGGAUAGUGCCACUACUGGUCGCUAGUAUACACGGUGCAUCUGUUUCGAAACAGGAAACAUAUGCUUGGUGCGUCCCCGUGGAACUUCUCGACGAUUGUGCGCGUUUGACCCGUGCCGCCGGUGUUGCGAUUGAGUGCGUCGGCGGUAUCGAUCGUCUCGAUUGCUUGCGAAAAGUGCAAAAUCGUGAAGCAGACUACCUCGUGGCAGAUCCGGAAGAUGUGUACGUUGCAUCGCACUUCGACAAUCAAGACUUUGCCGUGUUCAGUGAAUUGCGCACGGCCGAAGAACCGACAGCCAGGUUCCGGUACGAAGGUAUCAUGCUGGUGCGUGCGUCCGACAACUUCCGCAGCUUAGCUGACCUGCGCGGUAAACGUUCGUGUCAUACCGGGUUCGGGCGCAAUGUUGGCUAUAAAAUUCCGGUGACGCGUCUGCAGCGUGCUGGCGUGCUGAAGCUACCGGCAGCGGACAGAUCGCUAUCACCGGUCGAGAGAGAGUUGGCGGGAUUGUCGGAUUUGUUCAGCGCUUCGUGUCUACCGGGCAGCUACUCAUCCGAUGCCGGCGUUGACCGGUUGCUGAAGGGCCGGUACGCUAAUUUGUGUGAACGAUGCGAACAACCGCAACGGUGUGCGAAGGAUGAUCGUUUCGCUGGGUAUGAGGGAGCUAUUAGAUGCUUGGUAGAGAAUGGUGGUGAUGUGGCGUUCAGCAAAACGAUUUACGUUCGCAAGUACUUUGGACUUCCGGUAACACCUGGUGGCGCACCUGCGCCGGCACUGAAUCCGAACGCUCGGACACAAGACUAUGUGUAUCUGUGCGAGGACGGAACGACGCGUCCCAUUGCCGAUGGACAGCCGGUGUGUUCCUGGGCACAACGACCCUGGCAGGUACUGCUUGGCAAUGGCGAUGUGGUUGGACGGAUGCGUGAGCUUCAGUCGCUCAGUCAACAGCUUUAUCGCUACUGUACCGAUGCCAACAAUCAACUAUCGGAGGUGGAUCGUGCCACGGCACAGCGACUCUGGAUGGAUCAGAAGGCACCGAUAGUAGAUCGGCAGGAUACGCUAGCACCUCGCGCUUAUCUCGCCCAGGCCAACUAUGCGGAGGUAAUCGAGCGGGAAGGACGUUUCGGUAACAAGUUGCGCCUGUGCGUCGUUUCCGAGGACGAGCGGCAGAAGUGUGAGCUGAUGCGCCAGGCUGCCUAUUCCCGUGACAUUCGGCCCGCUCUGCAGUGCGUGUUAAAGACGGUGGAUGCUUGUGUGGCCGCUGUAAGCGAUGGGACGGAUGCCGAUGUGGUUGUAUUGAAACAAUCGAACGUUCAGCUAAAACCGCUCAUGUGGGAAACGUAUGGUGACGUAAUGGUAGCGAUAGCUGAUAAGACAAUUACCAAGGAGCGUCUACAGAGCGGUCCAGUUGCACUCGAUUCGACCAACGAUCAGGCAGUCGCGGCGGCAAGAGUACUAUCCUCAAAGUUACCCUCACUGCAGACCGUCGACGUGAAUUCGCCGAACAGUGCAUCAGCACCAAUUCGUAUCGUGCUUUCGAAAAAACUCUCCGACGUACCGGACAGUGUAGAGAAAGUGCUGGUGUGUGCUGAUCUAAGUUUUCAGCCCCUCUCCAAUGCGGCAGGCUGCCAUCUUGAGUCCAACGGAAAUGCCGAGCGCAAUGCUGCCGCCGUCUAUGUCCGAAAGGAUAUUGACGAAGCUUUGCAAGAUAGUAUCGUGCACGCUUUCACCGCUUUGUCGGACACAUUUGGACGUGGUCAGCCGAGGGAGCAAGUCUUUCGGAUGUUCGGACAAUUCCGGCUGCGAGACGGUACGGUGAAGCAACAUUUAAUCUUCCACGACUACGCCUCACUACUGACUGCGACCAAAUAGUCGUGAGACAAUAAUUCGCAACGUUUCGAAGAUGGAGGACAGAACA